UCAAGACCCAACUCCCAGACACAAAACAUCUCAACGAGUUUAUAUCCGAGCGUGUUUCGUAACAUGGAUCGUAUCACUCUCAGAAAACUCACCCGUCGCGUCGCGCUAACGCUCAUUAUUACCCUCGAGUUGGCGCAUUACUACCUCCAACUCCUCGACCGCUGGGGCCCACCGCGAAAAUCCAACCCCAAGCUCAGGACUGUAGCGAAACUCAACGAACUCGGAUUCAUCACAAUCUCUUGCUACAGAAUCACAGAACACGCCGUCGACGUCAAGUUGGGCAGAUUGCUAGUCCAGGGUCUUGGCAUCGAGGCCUUGCUUUGGGCCGUUGCGGUGUGGAGUGCUGUGUGCGUGGGAUACGAUGUUUGGGUUACGCCUGAUAGUCUGGCGAGCUUGAUGCAGCUAAUGGCUGUCGAUGUGCUGAUGUGGACAGAGAUGCUGUCUUCGGCGGUGGGGUUGGUAGAGAGGAAAGAAGGCGACGUUUUGUCUGUUAUGGAUGAGAAAGAGAGGCUGAAUGAGAAGGAGGAGGUGUGAGCUGCACAGCGGGGAAGUGUGCAUAGGCAAGGCUGUGUGAAGAUUGAGAACUGAAAAUGGUAUUGGUGCAUCCUCG